AUGCUGGAUAUGGCAGAGGCAUUCAAAUUUAGGCUGCUUCAAUCCACUCUCUACUAUGCUCAAGCGAAUGGACAGGCAGAAUCAAGCAACAAAAACUUCAAAAAGGAAGCAACUAGCAUGACCCCCUAUGCAUUAACCUAUGGUCUUGAUGCAAUUUUGCCUAUGGAAAUAGCUGUUCAGUCCCUCAGAAUUGCUCACCAACAUGAUUUGGUAGGAGAAAACUACUUUCAGGCCAUGCUGCUAGAACUGGAAGGAUUGGAUGCAAGCAGAAUUGAUACCCUCAAUAAACUCUUGGCAGGAAAGCAAGCUGUGUCAAGGGCCUACAACAAAAGAGUAAAGAACAAGAGUUUUGAGGAAGGAGAAAUAGUCUGGAAAGUAGUUCUGCCCCUUGGAACACAUGUGGCUGGUUAUGGGAAGUGGUCACCUACAUGGGAAGGCCCUUUCACAAUCAACCAGAUCCUUGGGAUGGGGGCAUACAGGUUGCAGGAUAGAGAUGGAGAAAUUCAUGCAACCCCAAUCAACGGCAAAUGGUUAAAGAAGUUUUAUCCAACCAUGUGCGAUUUACAGGCUCUACAAACAGAUCCUGGGAUAGAGAAGGGACAACACUAA